UAUGUAUCGUUGUUUAACUGCUCUAUUCAUAAUUGGUAUAAGUCGAGUUGCUGUACCUUUAUCCAUUGAGCUUCUUAAGCCUACUAUUUAUUCGGAUUUAAGAUACGAGAGUACUGUCUAUCCAUUUCUGACUGGAAAAGCACGAAGUUUUCUCGAAUGUAACGUCAUUUGCGGUAACGAAGAAAGGUGUUCGAAAGGUAGUUUUCACUACGGAACAAAUGAUUGCUUAUUAUACGAAACUGAUCCAACGAAAGUUCCAGAUCAGCUAUUUAAUAAUUGGAAAAGCUUCGUUUCGAAUAAAGCUGAUUGGGGUUUUAUCAGACAUGGUUUUCGACUAGCAUCACACACUGAACUUUUCGGAAGAGCCGAAAUAAAGAUAAAUAAUAAAUGGGGAACAAUAUGCGACGAUAGUGUUGUACCUUCUGGAUGGCCAACGGCCUUUUGUCGUCUUAUGGGAUACUCUCAUUCAAAUGAAUCUUUUUUUGCGGAAAAUUAUUACGUUAUCAACAACAAACCGAUUCAUUUACAUAAUUUAGCAUGUUUCGGUAGUUUAAUUAAUUUAGAUAAAUUUACUGAAGAGUGCUCAGUAAGUCCUACAGUACCUUGUACCCAUGCCAAAGAUAUAUUUAUACGUUGUGUCAAAUAA